AUGUUUCCUACCUUCACAGGCAACUCCCGUCGCCCCCGGAACGUGAACCUCAGCGGUCAGAAUCUCAACCCGUUCGGCGCCACAUCAUGGACUCCCUCUGCCGGAUCAGGAGCUUCGAAGACCGUCUCCAACGCCCAAGCGGAACGGGCCCAGAGACAACAGGACCGAGAUAGGUUGAAGGCCGCAGGCAAAAUCCAGAAGACGUGGAGGGGUCACCGGGUCAGGAGACGACUUCGAGACUCCCGCCGCGAGGCCUUUGACGCUUUGUACGAGAGCACCUCGGACUUGGCUACACAGCAGAGACUGUCUAUGGCCUUGCCACUGCUGUUGACAACUUUCCAGUCGUCCCACGACAAGGACCUCGAACGCGUCAUCCGAUUCUCUCAGGACCUGACCACCACCAACCUGGAAUGCCUCGCCCCUGACCGGCUUGCCCCCCCUCGACUGUCGCGAUUCGUGAGGACGCUCGUGGAGGCUCUGGAUGUUCAACUCAAGAAAAGACAAGGAACAGACGAUAUCAAACUGCUUCUCGACCUCCUCACACACAUCGUAAACGAUGCCCCCGAGUCGUUAUCGAAGUCGUUCCGACAAUACUACACAGCCUUGGCAGAACUAUGUGGAGUGUUGGGUGCGGACACGACGGCUUUGGAAACCACAUCAAGAGCUGUCCUCGUGCCGCUGCGAGCUGCAUUCGCCGACGAAUACUUGUCGGCAUCUUACGAAGCUUUCGCGCUGUCGUUUCUGACUCGCAAUGACCUUUACCUUCUCGAGGGACACGCCCAUAUAAUUUCCCUGAAUCUUGAUUCAGACCGCCUUGCCUCGGCCAUCACGGCGGCAUACACUAACGGACGGAUACACGGUGUUGGUCGGGAUGGUCAAAUCUGGCUGCUGGCACAUUUUAUCGGCUUACAUCAAAAAACGGGCACCAACUACCAAGGGCUGAAGCACCUGGACGCACUCCAUAUUCAACUCUCGAGCUUGUCCACAGAAAUAAGUCUGAGACUUUCUGUCAAACCGGUCGAAUCCACCUCACCCAACACAGACUCCAGUAGCGCAGAAGAAACCUUGCUUCGGCCACUGCCUGGUUAUGCCAUCCAACAGCUCACAUCUUUGGUCGACAGAGACGGCAUCUCUGCGCUGUUGGGCGAGCUCACGACUCACUUCGGCUCACAAUCAUCGAGUCACGAUUUUCGGACAGCGAGCCUGUUGUCUGGCUAUAUUCUCACACUUCUCCGAUGUUUCCCAGGUCAGGGCGACGACGUUCGCAUGCGUCUCUUCCUAGGCGAUGUCCGUUCGAGCACGGGCAGCCUGCCAACGAUUAAGUUUCUAUGGCAAGCCAUGAGCCAAACGAGCAUCUACAAGCAAAUCCUACAAGACUCGGCGUCAGUCACAGGCUUGUUGCGAGACUAUCUCUCAAAGUCCUCAAAGUCGAAUGACUCCUCUCGGGAACCGGAGUGGAGGCUAGUUUUGCUGUUCCUCGAACUAUACAUUUUCAUUCUUCGUCUGAGUGACGACGAGGACUUUUUUAGCAGUAUUCACCCCAGCCUCGUACGGAGCGAAGGUCAGAUGUCUCGGUUGAGGUCCUGCGGGCUUUCUCUCUCCGAAGUGAAGAACCUCACAAUUGUGCUCAAGCAUCUCGCUUUUACAAUGCAUUACAAUGCAGCCGAUAUUCUGCAGGGCGUUCAGCAAUCCGAGUCGAUAUCGAUGAGCCAGCUUGAGUCUUACUUUGGUAGCAGCAACACCGCAAAGCCGUCGAAGGAGAAAAGCCAGGGCCUCAGAGCCAACGCAGCUGAUACCAGGCUCGACCUCUCUAGCCUUCGCAGCAUCGUCACCACGGCCAUGCGACUUCUGUACGAGCGGGAUUCUCGACGGCCAUUCUUGCCUCGGGACCAUUGGCUAAUGACGUCGAAAUUCGACAUGGAGGGUUUUGUUAGCGCUGUCGUGGCCGAACAAGAGCGACAAAACGAAGUGUCCGAUUCGAGCGAUGAUGAGGACAGCGAGGUUGACGAAGAUGCGAACAUGGGCGGAUUGCAUGAUGGAAUUAUUCACACUAUGGCCGGACAGCGAGUUUCUCGACAUGCUCAGAUCGAAAGGCUUCGGUCCCAGCAACGCAAGGCGCAACGCGAUCGUCUGCUGGCCGUCAUUGGACCAAAGUUGGAAAUCCUGAGACACAUGCCUUUCGUUAUCCCUUUCGACACUCGUGUCCAGAUCUUCCGACAAUUCGUCUAUCUAGACAAGCACAAGCGCAGGGAAGGCAUGGAUGCCGAUCAAUGGAGAAUGACCAUGCUGCAUAAUCCUCUGCGCUCCCCUGGCAGGAGUGCUGCUGGGCGACACCACGGCAAAAUCAGAAGAGGCCAGGUUUUCCAGGACGCCUUUGAACAAUUUUAUGAGCUGGGAGAAGGCCUCAAAGAACCAAUUCAGAUCCAGUUUGUUGACCAGUUCGACACAGUGGAAGCUGGCAUUGAUGGCGGCGGAGUCACAAAGGAAUUUCUAACAAGCGUCACAACGGAAGCCUUUGGUCAGAUGGACGGCAUCUCCUUGUUUUCGGCCAACAGCCAAGGCCUCCUCUACCCCAACCCAACGGCAAUGGAUGAGCUCAGGGAAGCCUUGAGACGAGCCGGAGUUCCCGAGCGCACCGCCGAGUGGCAUGAGCAGGUUCAAGAUCUACUUCGGCAAUUCGAGUUCCUCGGCCGAAUCGUUGGAAAAUGCAUGUAUGAAGGAAUUCUCGUCGACAUAGCAUUUGCUGGGUUCUUCCUUCUGAAGUGGAUCUCGGGGCAGACUGGAGAGAACAGCUACCGCGGCAACGUCAAUGACUUGAGAGACCUGGACGAGGAACUUUACCAGGGCAUGCUGCGUCUGAAGAACUACAACGAGAAUGUGGCGGACCUGGCAUUGGACUUUACGAUUAAUGACCAAGUCUCGCUGCCUGGAGAGCCUACCCGUACCAUUUCGAGAAAUCUGAUUCCCAACGGCGAAAACGUCACGGUCACGAACGAUAACCGCCUUCUCUACAUAUCCUACGUCGCUCGCCACCGCCUCGUCGCCCAGCCCGCACAGCAGACGGCUGCUUUUCUCCGCGGACUCCGCUCCAUCAUCGCGCCGUCGUGGCUUUCCAUGUUCAACCAGAACGAACUACAGCGUCUCGUGGGCGGUGAUAGCUCCGAGAUCGACAUUGAGGACCUGCGCAGAAACACAGUCUAUUCGGGUCUGUACGAGGUGGGGGACGAUGGACUGGAGCACCCAACGGUGCAGCUGUUCUGGAAGGUCAUGGCCAACUUUUCGGACCGAGAGCGUCGGGAUGUGCUCAAGUACGUGACGAGCACCCCACGGGCGCCCCUACUGGGCUUCUCGCAGCUAAGCCCACGAUUCAGUAUCCGAGACGGAGGUGAGGACCAGGAGAGAUUGCCGAGUACCAGUACUUGCGUGAAUCUACUCAAGCUGCCACGGUACAAGAAUCAGGAAACGCUCAGGAAGAAGUUGCUCUAUGCUGUGUCAUCGGGUGCUGGAUUUGAUCUCAGCUAA